AUGCAACCGGUCCUGCAGUGCGCUAUGGAAUACGACAUUGUCACAUGGGGAGAUACAUGUCGAAAAGUACGUGUCGAUGUAGUGAUACCGGACGGCUACCACUGUAUCAUCAUCCGCGUACCUGUGGGUGAUAAUUUCACUUUGAACGACGAGCAAGAGCAUCGAGUAGACUGUUCUACGCAAACGCCCCAGUGUUUGCAAGAUGAUGAGUUUGUAUUACCACCAGUACAAGGUCCGUUGCUUUCAUAUGAACGUAAAAUUCGUCUGCAUAAAUACGCAGACAAUCCUGCACGAUCGUUUCUUGGUCUAAAUUUGCAGACUCAUACAAUUGAGAACCUUGAGACGUUGGACAAGGCAAAGCUCUUAAUGCGGAAGGUACUAUGUGAUGUGUCCAUGCAAAAGUACUGGAAGAUCGAAUGGCACGGGUGUUUAUUCAAGUGCAAACUUACCGAGAGACGCCUGUGA